CAUAUACCUAUUAUUAGAUGAUAUUUUGCUUUCAUUAAAAAUUUCUAGCUACAAGUGACCAUUUAAAUAUAUUUUUCUGAUUCCAAAAAAAAAAAGCCAUCGACAUCAAAAGUUACCAAGCCAAACAAAACCCUAAAAAUUAAACUUAACAUUAAACUUAAACCUAUAUUUGAAAAAUUUUUCAAAAAGUGAAUUUUCAAUAAAGAAAUUAGAUCCAUGUAUCCACCUAGGUAUAAGUGACGUUCUUCUCAACAAUAUAACAUUACUAGCUUUAAGUGACUUAGCACUGUUUGCGGAUGCUUAUCGAUUACAUCGAUUUUCUUUCUUAAAUACUUUUUUUACCAAAAUAUAACUUCCUGGAGUUUAUUAAAAGAUUACAAACCCAUAUACCGAUGUACAUGUGUAAUAAAACCGUUUAUAUUCGAUAAAUUCUUAUUAAAAACAUACAUUAAAACGUUUCAAAAACAAAUUAAACUCUUUUGCCUUGCAUGUGAACUGCACGAAAUCCCCGAUAUCCCAACUGCAUGAAAACCCCUUGUUGCAUGCGAUUUUUCAGCCGAUGACCUACUGAAGAAAAACAUAAGUAUUUUUCAUAAUUCAAUUUCUUUUUAUUUUUUAUACAGGGUGAACGAUAGCUUGUUUUCGUACAUGUUGGGUUUCCACUUCUUUGAGAUUAGCCGGUUAUGAGCGAAUUCGAUAAACAAUUUAAAGUAUAUAAAGCAGAUUUUGAUAAGAUUACGAAACGCAUUUUACAAAAUAGGCCGUUGUCUUCGAAUGCGAAAAAAUUAAACGAAUACAAAUAUUCGCUUAUCACAGCUUAUAAUAAUAUUUUAUUACUAGUUAUUGGUAAUAGUUCGGCCCAUACCUGUAAUCUCAAAGAAGUCCAAGUUAAAUUAGCUCGUUGCAAGGAACAGUUAGCAAAGUGCUUUAAUAAACUGAAUUGUCGCGUUAGGAUUCCACCUGAUAGCUUAUCGCUAAUUUGCCAAUCAGACUUAGCUGACUCUGAGUCAGAAGAAGAAUUUAGUGACGCCAAGUCAGAAGCUUCGGUACAAUUCAGUCUUAAAAGAAGUACUUCACUUCCAUCCAUUAAAGAUCUGCUAACAAUAUCCGACGAGCCGUCAACAGCUACCAGUUCACCAAAUAUUUCUAAAUUUUUUCAAGAAUUUUUAGACAUGGCUACCCCUGAACAGAAAAAAUCGUUUAUUAGUCUUUGUGCCUCAAUCAUUAGGGAAAAUUACAAUGGAGAUCCGCUAGCACUUGAAUCGUUUAUAGACAAAAUUAAUUUAAUUGAAGAUUUUGCAGAUGAAAACUUAAAUACGACUUUUAUAUCAUUUUUGAAAUCGAAACUCGAAGGCAAGGCACGUGAAGCAAUUCCAACAGAAGUUAGUUCAGUUAGGCAAAUAAAAGAUGCGUUGAGAAAUAGAAUAAAGCCAGACAACUCGAAAGUUGUAGCUGGGAAAAUUGCAUCUUUACAUGUCAUAAACAACAAUUAUACGGAAUUUGCUAAGCGUGUCGAGGAGCUUUCGGAUGCUUUAGAGCGCUCUUUGAUCAUUGAAGGUAUGACACAGUCUAAGGCUCAUGAAAUGGCAGUCGAGCAAACAGUAAACGUUUGUAGACUCAAUACUCGGUCGGAUUUGGUCAAAUCAAUUUUAUCGUCAACUACCUUCAGUGAUUCAAAGGACGUAGUAGCAAAAAUGAUAGUCGAACAAAAUAAUCAAGUGAAAGAGCGCCAAGUGUUAGCGUUUCGAUCCCGAGUAAAUAGGCCAAAUAGCUUUAGAGGUAGUUUCAGAGGGCACAAUUUUAAUAGGUACAACAAUAACAAUUUCAGACAAAACAACUCAAAUUUCAAUAGGUACAAUAAUAACGCUGAUAACAGUAGGUACAGCAAUAACGGUUCAAGGCAUAACGGUAACAAUUUCAACAAUAAUAGGAAUCGGUCAUCAAACAACAAUCGAAACAAUAACAGCAACAAUAAUAGUAAUAGACGUCCAAAUUCACGCAGUAAUGCUAAUGUGCGCGCUUUAAACGCCCACGCCCCUCAGGAGCGAACACUGAGGGCGGAAGAAAUGGACAACUAAAUACUUCUUUUUCAACAAAAGGCAUAUACUGUCUAAAUCUAAAUUACUCUGAUUUUAUUGAAUUGCGAAUUAAUGGUUCAAACAAAUUUUGUACGAUUUUAGUCGACACGCAAGCCGACAUUUCUUUAAUCAAAUUUUCUAGCAUUGAUAAACAUUUUUCUAUAAAUACGAACGAUAUAAUUCACAUUACCGGUGUCACUUCUGAUACAGUUUCUACGUUAGGUACAAUUACCAUAAUCUUGACUUUUACUGAUUUUUACAUUAAACAUACGUUACAUGUAGUAAGCGAUGAUUUUAACAUACCAUCUAAUGGUAUACUGGGUAAAGAUUUUCUAAAAAGUAACAAAUGCUUUAUCGAAUUUUCAAUUUUGGCAAUUCGCCGGAUCCACUUUUUGUAGAAUCGCAGGAAGUUGAACACGGUGUAUUCACAGCAAGAUGCAUAGUUAAUAGCGGUAACCCAAUUAUUAAAAUUAUAAAUACCACAGAUGAAGUAAAACAUGUAAAGAAUGUAAAUAUUCGGACUGAAAAACUUUCCGACUAUCACGUUUACUCAAUUAAUAAGACCAAGACAGAAGACCCCCGAACG